AAAUGCGCAUGCGUAAAAUAGCAAUCCGUUGAUUAACAGUUGGUUGAAUUGUGGUCAUUUCCACUAUAGUAAACUCUCGGUCGUAUUAUCGUCUGCUACUAUUUUCCGACCCGAGCUGUUUGAGUGUUAUUAAAGAGGGUUACACUAAAUCCGCAGCUUGCCCAACGAACCUUAGCGGAAAGGUAGCUAACGUUAGCAAACAGACACAAGGCAAAAUGGACGAAACUUCUACCGCAGCAGAGAUCGGAGAGGAAAGAGCUGAAAACGUGGCCUGUAAUGCCGACAAAGACGAUGAAAACAACGAACAUCCAUCCGCUCAGGACGCCGAUGACGGGGAUGAACUUUUCUGCUGUCGGAAUUGCGGGGAAGCUUUCAGCGAGGAGGCUGCGUUCUUGGAGCAUCGCCUUCAGCAUCCUCCACAAAACACGCACUUAGACAGCCAGUCUGACGGUUUACUUGACUCUGAAAAGGACAGUGAAGCACUGUAUUUUUGCUCUUACUGUACACUGUCAUUUGUUGAGAUGAGCGAGCUGCACUUGCACAUGAAGGACCACGGUCAAAUCUCUCAAAAGGGCUCUGAUAUUAAUCCUGGAGCGACAAAGCAGCACGCCUAUGAAUGCUCAGAUUGUGGCAAAUCGUACACAGUGAUCGGACACUUCCUCAACCAUCAGCGCUCACACAGACAGCCCUCCAAAUCGGUUUUUCACGACUUGGAACAUUUAAAAAAGAAAUCGUUUCAGUGCGAGUCCUGCGGGAGAAAUUACUCUCGUGCUUCGGCUCUCGAUGCUCAUCGGCGUUGCCAUCAAGAGAAGCUGGUGAAGUCGAAAAACAGGAGCUCGGGAGAAACGGUUCAGCCGGCAGAGCCGCCAGCAGAAGUAAAGCCAUGUGAAAAUGCGACUGAAGAAGAUGGUGAUAAACCUUUUAAAUGUUUGUGUGGCAAAGCUUUUUCUAGCAUGAUGCGGCUGAAAACACAUCAGCGAUUCAGCCGUAACACGCUUUGCUCUCCGGAGGAGAUGAAGCAAAAACCAAAGAAGGGCUGUGGUGAGUUUUACUGCAGCGAGUGCAACAAGGCAUUUAAUGGCCACAUCGCCCUCUUUAACCACCAGCGGUGGCACGCGAAUCACUCUGAUAACACUGCAAAAAGGUUCCCAUGCGAGGAAUGUGGGAAAGAGUUCAUGACUCUGACGUUCUACUACAGACAUCAGCGCACAGCACACAGCGACGAGACCCCAUCAAAAUCCUUCCAACAUCAAGUCUGUCAGCUUCAAAAGAAGGCGUUUGAAUGUAAAGAUUGUGGACUGAAAUUUUCCAGGGCUUCUGCACUUCAGUCCCAUCAGCUCCAGCACACCGAUGUUUUCAGAGAAACAGAGAAGGCCCACUCUGAAUCCACUGUGUUGCCUCAGCAGGAAUCAGGAAGGGAGCAGAAAGCCAGCGAGCGCUUAGAGGCUUCAGUGGAAGGAACAGUGAAAGCAGAAACCACUCCUCCCACCGAUGUGGGUGGAGAACAUCAGAUAAACGAAAUGGAUGAAGAGAUGGAGAGCUAUGAACCGGGCGACUUCAACGUGCAAGUGAUCAGUGCGAGUGAAUCGGAGGACGAGGGUCUCCAAGAGACAAAUCCUGACCUGGAACUGCUGUGUGAGUCAGAUCAGGAUAUAAGGGACGAUGGUGAAGUAUACCCUGGAAAUCUGGUUUCAAAACCAGAUGUGGACUUGAAAAUAGUCCAGAUUGACUUUGCCGAAAGCUCGCAGUGUCCGCCAAUAGAGAAUGAAGAUCAGCUUAAAACUGCGGAGGAGAGAUUCGGUUGCCCCGAGUGUUAUCGGUGGUUUAAUAAUCCCUCAUCGCUGCGCGUCCACAGAAUGUGGCACAACGUUCGUAGGAGAAGACAUCAGAAUCAAGCCAAAGAGAAUGACAUAACAUGCGAGGACUGUGGCCUGACGUUUACUCUCAUGGACGCCUAUGAGACUCACCUGCACCAGCACGCACUGGACGAUGAGGAAGCCCAGAUGAGAGACAACGAGGCUCCCACAGAACAUGUGCAAGAUGAAGAAAACGAGUGCGAAGACCGGACCGCGGCUGUGGACGGUUGUGAUGCGAACGGUUCGGCACAAACCCAACCUCCCCAGUUAACGCAAAGCAGUCGGUAUCCUGUGAAUCCCUCCAGAUACACAUGUGCAGUUUGUGGGAAGAGCUACACCUACCUCGUUUCGUUUCAAAAACACCAAAAAAUGCAUGAAAAACCACGUGAAAAAGAAAAAAUCCAGGGCCCCGUUGAUUCAAACUUGCGUCUGUACGAGUGUCCAGACUGCGGGAUGUCGUUCAUCAGGCGAACGCGACUGGUCAGCCAUCUGAGAGUUCACAGAUCCAAAGGGCGCAAUAAUCUCCCCAAAUGUGAUCAAUGCAACAAAGUCUUCAUUUCUGUAAAGACGUGGACGGCUCACCUGGAGCUGCACAAAGAGAGACGGUUCUGGUGUUUGAGCUGUGCUCAAGGCUUCCUGAAUGAAGAGUUGCUGGACAAACACUUACAGAAUCACAGUCGGCGACAGCAGAACCACAAAGCUGACGACAGAAGCGUCCACUACGCCAAGCUGCCGGAGAGUCCAAAAAUGCAGCGCAGAAAAAAGCCUCAUGUUUGCCUUCACUGUGGCAAGAGGUUCUGGCGUUCUAGACAACUAUUUAGACACACACAAAAGCAUCUUGGACAUGAAGGCAGGGUCAUCACCAAACCUUCAGGGAGCGCAGUGAUUUAUCGAGAGACGGGAGACAUUAAAACAGAAACGUCUAUAGAUGAAGGAGAAAAGCUGGAGGUGGAUGUGAGCAUCACAGAGUUGCAGGUGAAGGAGGAAGACGUGCAAGUUGAGGUGCAGAGUCAACAUGCGGCGGCCGAAGACGGGGAUCAGGAAGACUCUGAGGAUUCAGACUGUGGAGAGCCUGGUCAUCACUAUGAGCUUUCAGAACCUUGCCUCUCGGACGACCGGCCGGACCAGCCGAGCUCAGAAGCUGCACAGACACCAACUGCACAGACACCAACUGGAGGAGAGAUGGAGAAAGCAGAGCCAAAACUGCACAGAGAGCAUAAGUAUUGGGAAUGGGAGUGCACUGAAUGCGACAUGGGCUUUGAUGAAAUGGCAAAGCUGCACUCGCAUUAUGUAAAACACGCGACAGGAGAGUUACCCAUACCAAAGGAAGAAAUUGAGGUCUGA